AUGCUCUGGCGGCCUUGUGCGCCGAUCAUGGAGCAGCCACGUCACGUUGGUGAUCUUGCCGAUGAGCUAUUGAGCGACAUACUGCUUUUUUUGCUUGAGCCAGCACCCAGAGCCCUGAACGGAGGAUUCCAUGCCAAUGGCUCUCGGAAUACAAUUGAGUAUGGGGAAGCAUCCGACCUCGAUCGCUUUCGUCUGGUCUGCAAGCGCUUCAUGCGAAUCGGCACCCCUCAUAGGUUCUCACGUUUCAGCUUGCGAUUCUCCGAGCACGGCUUCCGGCGCCUGGAACAACUAUUAGAAAUGCAGCUGGCCUGCUAUGUAAAGACUCUCACAUACAUGGUGCGACCCUUUUAUCAAGGAAGCGGUACCAGCUCUUCAAUCCUACAGACAAGAGAAACAGACUUACACAAUACAAUAGGAUGGACUCGAAUACUACGAACACUAGCAACAGAAAACAAUGUCCUGUCCCAACUACACAACCGCCGCCUCCAAGAACAAAAAGCCCUCCUCGAAACAAACUACGACAGAACCCAACUCACACACGCGAUCGCCGCAUUCACCUCUCUCCAAGAAAUAAAACUUCUCAGACUUCAAGACGACCCAGACGAACGCCUAGUCGAAUACAUCCACCACCGCCACCAUCACCACCACCAUCAUCAUAACCAUAACCAUAACCACAACGCCCAGACCCUACCAGCAACAAACACCCGCCUAGACUGGUCACCGGCCUGCACAAGAGCAGUAAAAAGCCUAGGAAUGGCCCUCCUCUCCUCAAAGAGUCACUCAAUCCGCUUCACAGCACCCCAGAUAAGCCCAGAAGCAACGCUCCAACUCCUCCGCGCACCAACAAACACCCUAUCAGGAAUGGGGACCCGCCUAACAAGCCUGGACAUAAACUUCCACUCGCACAACGAAAACAUCACAUCCACAAUGGCAGACCUGUCUGGUGCCUUCCACCGGUUCUUCACGGCAGCUAAAAACCUCAUCGCCAUCCACAUCGGCUUCCUAAGCAAGACGCCCCUGGACCUCGAUCUUGAGACUGUGUUUCAUAACAUUCGUUGGAAAACAUUGCGCAAAUUAAGUAUUCAGGGGUGGAGAUUGCAUGCCAGUGAGAUCAUCAACUUGGCUAGGCGGCAUCGCUUCCAAUUGAGAGAUUUCGGGCUUGUUGGUAUUUAUCUGAGGUCUGGUGGGAGGUGGGUGGAUAUACUUUCUUUUCUGCGUGAGGAGAUGGAUCAGCUUGAGCGGUUGGAUUUACGGGAUAUUGACUACGCGGCUUAUUUUGAUGCGGUUGUGGGGGCUAAUAAUGGUGUUGAGGUUUUUGAUGAUUAUCCUCUUCCUGUGCAGGUUCCUUCUUUGUUGGAUGUUGCUGGGGCAGAGGGGGAGUCUGUUACGUCUGAGUUAGGGCUAGGACCUGAUGGGCCUGGGGUGAUGGGGGGUUAUGGGCGCGUUUCUAUUGAGAAGGUUUGGGCGUUGGGUGUGGGGGAUCUGGGUGAUGAUGGAGUUCAUGUUUUGCAUGAGCAAAUGCCACUUUGGGAGGCUUGGGUUUUGGCUGAGGAUGUCAGGGCUAGGAGGAAUGGCAAUGGGAAUGGCAGGGUGCAUGGGUGGAGUAUGUAG